UUAUUUCACACAAAAGAAAUGUUGAAAUAGACGAAAGGGCGAUGGUUGAUCGUGAACGAUAAGAACGCUCUGAAGAAUACGAUAACGCUCGCGUAACUCCGAGAUUUUGCAUGGCGCGCCUUCGCAUGUUGUUUAGACCCGGAGUCGGCUCAACCGCGAUUGGGCAAACGCUUUGAUGGGCGUCCUCAGUGUGCGAGGCCGUUGCCGAAUCCCACACAGACGCAGGGAAUAACUGCUAGGCGGCGCGACGACACGCUUAUCUGUGCCGGUCGCUUCAAGUCGCCUCGCCAGUAGGGGAAGAGCCGGCCUUGAGAGGCUUCGGUUAGACAACGUGAGCGACACGCGAUGGCAGAGGAAGCGGCGACGACCGAUUCUGCUCUGGUGGCUAGCUUCCGGCGUCGCGGCCAGGAAGCGCUGGAGUUGGCGCGGAAGGUGCUGCACUCUGGGCCGUGGCGCUUCGAGUCGCGGACGCCAGAUGGCGACCAAGUGCACUCGUGCGCCGUGCCGGGCGUCGGACGAGUGCUUAUGAUCACGGCAUUUUAUAAUUGUUCAGCGCACACUUUGAAACAGAUAUUAAUAGAUGGUUUGGAAGAUUAUCCCAAAUGGAGUAACGCGUAUGUUAAAGAUUCCUGCAAACGACUGAUGAUGCUGGGCGACGACAUGGACGUGACGCGGGUGGCGACGAGUGCGCGCCUGGGCGGGCUGGUGUCGGCGCGCGACUGGCUGUCGGUGCGCCACUGGUGCGACGGCGUCGACGAGAAGGGCGUCCCCGAGACGGUGUCCUGCGGCGUCGCCGUCACGCAUCCCGACUUCCCGGCCGGCAAAGGCGGCAUGGUCAGGGGGGAGACGCUGCUGAGCGCGUACGGCAUCGCGGACGCGCCUCCCGCACCGGCCGAGGCGGGCGCAGGGCCGCGCUGCCGGCUGCGCUUCCUGUGCUGCGCGCGCCUGGGCGGCUGGCUGCCGCACUCCGUCGUCGAGCGCUACUUCGCCGGCGGCCUCGUCGACUUCGCCGGCCAGCUGCGGCGCCGCCUCGACGCCCAAGACGCGCCCUAGGUCGCUGUUCUGAGGUCUCCCAAUAUGGUUGUUCUGACUAUAUUUAGAACUGAAACAACUGCGAGAAGAAUGCUGUAUAUACAUUUUUUAUAAAAUGGCAUUGAGAUGCUGUUUUUAGCAUAAGGGAGUUCGAUUUAAAUUCAAUUGAUGACAAUAUAAAAUGACAAAUGUUAACCACAAAAGUUGUGUGCUACGUAUUUUCUGUUGCCCGGACGUCACCCGGACGUCCUAGCAAAAAUGCGCGAGCAGAAAUAAACCAACUAAUUCACAUGUGUUCACUCUUUCGUUCGAGGAACACUUCCUAAUAUCGUGUUGGACCUCCUUUUACCGGCGAAGGGCAGGGACGACGUGGCAUGGACUCAACAAGUCUUUGAAGUCCCCUACAAAAAUAUUGAGCCACGCUGUCUCUAUGGUCAGUGCGGAUGUGUGGCGGAUGCAGGAUUUUGUGUACGAACUGGCCCUCUCGAUUAUAUCUCAUAAAUGUGCGAAAAUAUUCAUGUUGGGCUAUGUAGGUAGCCAAAUUAUUCGCUCGAAUGUUCUUCAUUCGCGAACAAUAGUCGCCCAUCUAAGCCCAUGAAUGUCUCCAAAUUGUCCCCAUGUAGCUGAAUAGAAUCAUUGGUUGAGUUUGACCAGUGGUCUCAGUCCAUCCCAUUUAAAACAGACCAUAUCUUAGGACAGGCUAGUGGGUUGACGAACGAUGCUCAUGGGGCAACCGGUGUGUCAGAAAGUUGUAGUGGAAUAUCAAAAAUCCACUUGUGACAGUGGUCACGUGGUGAUACACUGUGUGCGUAGGUCUUCGAUUUGUGGUGAGGGCCAUGAGAUAAGCAAUUAAUUGCAGAUAGUUCGCUCAUGCAAUUAGGAGACUAUCAGAUAUAUAGAUAUUUUAAUUCAUUAUUAGGUAAGCUCUUGUCUGUGAUGUGUAGGGAGAUUCCCACUACGUCACAGUGCACUCGGGAGUCACUGCAUGGUUGCGUCCACCAAUUAUCUGUACCCCUUGAGCAUAAACUUCUGGGACCAGAGCGCAUGAAAUGCAGUUGCACUACAUCUUCGUAACUGAUAAGAGACUUCCUUUACUGUGGUGCGUGAAAGGAGGAGGAGUUCUAGACGGUCUCUAGGACAAAACGAUUCUAUCACCAAAACAUGAAGAAGCAGAGAAAAACAAGAUUUUACUAGCAACUUGGGCUUCCGUUUUAUUUUAAUUGCAAAAUUAAAGUUGCUUUCCAACUUCUUGUUUAUUGUGAUUGUUAAUAAGGUAUAAAAAGAGUACAUGGCAAUGGCUGGUUUUGUGGAAGAUGUUCUACAGCCCAAUGCUGACAUUUUGAUUUUCAAAACGCAGUUCAAUACUGUAGGUUUUCUGUACCCUCCACCAUUUUCAAGAAGUACAAUAAUACUUCUGACAACCAGAGGAGGAUGAUUUCACACUUAUGUUGAAUGGUAUUACCCCAAAUAUUGUUAGGUGCCGGUUAAUGUGCGCAUUAACAAGCUGAAUGAAUGACAAUGAACGGAUCAUUUCGAACUUCAACCCGUUGUUGGUAUUAACCAUAGGACGCUGUUUGAAGUAAAAUGAUCGAGUGCUAGUCGUCUAUUGUGGGAAUAGUAAAAUAUACAAAUGUACAAUACAAUAUAAAGUAGAAAUGUGCCACAAUACAAUAUACAAUAUAUCUUGCUCAAUCCUCCAGUCAUUUUAGAAAGCUCAAUAAUACUUACGAACCAGCAGUAGAGCUCAUUAAAUUAUUGUAAUCUUAAUUUUUUCCAUACCAUAUUAGCUUAGAGCAAACUUAAUGUUUAUAAUAUCUCAGAAUAAAUUUUCAAAUAUGUAUGUAGUGUGUUCAAGAUGAUUACUUUUGCUAAAGACCACGAGGUGACAAAUCUGGAAGUUAUAAAAGUGAAUCGUUGUGACGUUUUUUAGGCAACUCUUUAGUAGGCAACUCUUCUUGCAUUGGUGUUUGGUCGUUGGGCACACGAAAUCCUUUCACAAGAAUGUGCUGGUGGGAUUUCGCACAUGUUCACUUGCAAAAUGUGAACAUCUUCUGAACACA